CUGAGCAGUCGUCCGGUUCUGGAUUGCGGCGUCGUACUACACGUAAUGCAGAAGCUCCUGAAGGAGAAGGAGUUGGUCGUGGACGUGAUGAAGUUGCUGAAGGUUAUCAAGAUCGCGACGAUGUUGAUGCAACUUACUUAGUUAAGGCUCACAUCAUGAUUUGAUGACUCAUUGCAUCUUUUGCUGUGUGGGGGUGAGAUAUUUCCGUCUCGACUUCUUUUCAAUUCCUUUUGAUCAUUCAGGGACAAUCGACAAGCCGAUGUGCUACAACAUAAAGUAAGUAUGCAGGGUGAACCAUCAUAUUUGGAGAGAGCUCCAACUUUAGCAGUGUUGAAGGGCCUGGGUCUCCGUACGGACGGGCACCAGACUCCUACUCUGGAAUCGAUAGAAGCCAGUUUCGUCAUGAUCCAAAGAAAGAUCUUUCCUUACCGGGGCCUGUUUCGAUGGUGAUGCGUGGAACUAAAUGUCCUACCCCGGAUGAAGCCACACAGUUAAGGAAUCAGUUUGACGACGGGCGAACGAAUCAGUUAUACAUUGCAGGAUCGAGGAUAACGAUGAUUUUCGAUAUCAAAGAUAAAGCAGUGCUUUAGAUGAAAAGAAGGCCUAGUCUUUUCACCGUUCCACACACGAAGGCCUUGUGGUCCUUGUGAAGAAACCCUUUGUUGUACAGUAGAGCUCUUCUUAGAAGGUAGGACUUCACUGAGAGGCCUCAUACAUAGAUGCACAAUGCUAUACAAGAGGCACCAGGACAUGACAUGUAAGGAGACUUCCUCAUGUGAGUUCUUUUUUGUUCUGCAUUGGUAAACUUCUCAAUGAAAAAGCAGCCUUUGGUGCAGCCGGUAUGUAAGUAAUUAAGUGGGGUUUUUUAAGUAGUUGAAUGGGAGGCAGCAUGUAGUCCUAUGGAAAAAAAAAAGUGGGCCGAGGUCUGGGGCGAGAGACGGGGAUAUCCUGAACUUGAACUAAACGCGCCGUCUCUUGGUGUGAGAUUUUUUUCGUUUUCCAUCGUUGAGCUUCUCUUCUAAGUUAUGGUUGCCCGUUUUCCGAGGUUGAAGAACAAUUACCCGAUAAUUUUCCUGGAGGAUUGUGGCCUGAAGGAGGGGUCGCAAACAUGCCUGUAAGAACGAUGCCGUCUUCUACAUCUGGUGCGCGUGAAUCCUGG